GUCAGUCGAGUGCGUGGUCGUGAACGAAACGGUCGAGUUGAAAGUCGCUCCUACUCCGCCACUCUGUGUGCCGCACUAAAAGAUACAAAAAUAUAUUAUAAUAUCUCCUCCUCUGCACACACACAAAAACAAAGCGCGCAAGAAAUGUGCGAAAUUAUUAUGAUAUGGAAUCAGUGAAUGAAUCAGUGACAUGAGAAAUCCUCAUCAAUGAUCACAUCGUUUCGUUACUUUUUUUAAAGGUGCACCACCACAUAUAUAUGCCUAUGUAUAUUUUUUUUAGUUGUUUGUUCAAGUUUUCGUGCCUCCCAAAUGUCGUUUUUUGGUAAAGUGUAAAGUUCCUUGAGCAAGCGAGAAAUAAUCAUUAGUGUUUUUGAAGCAGACUUUUUGCGGGCCAAGCUUUUUGCGGGCUCAUCUCGAAUAUCUCGGCAUCGGAACAACGACGACAACUUGGUCUCAAGUGCUAUGAAAUAACAAACAAAAAUAUUUAGUUUCAAUGGAGCUAUACAGCAUUUUCGAGUCUAUGCUAUUAUUAUGACUGCCUGUCAAAUAUGGAUCGCUAUAAGAAUAAAUUCCGUUAUCGUUGCAAAUAAGAAAGGAAACCACAAUCAGAGCUAAGGAAACCAAUUGCGAGGCGAAAAACAAUAUGAGAAAUCAAUCAAAAACCGAAAGCUAACGAAAAGCAUUAGAUUAGAAAGAAAGAAAGUCAGUGGCUCCAAAAAGUUGGUAACAAGUAGCCGAAGUAAUUCGAAUAUCGACUAUAACACCAACGUACCGGAGGACAGACAACAAGCAAAAUGCAAAACUAUGGAAGUGAACUUAAGGGAGGCUGAGUCGUCUUACUAACUUGCUAACUGUCUGCGCGCCCAAACAUCUGAUUAUCGGAUUCGGAUUCGGAUUCCAAGGGUUAAGAAGUAAGAUAUGAAGAGGCAAUCACUGAGUCGUCGGUUGGACAAUCUAUUCUGCUCCAGUCAGGAAACAAACAUGAGCUUCCCACAGCCGCACACAUUGCCGGAAGCCCCAGCAAACGGUGGUAAGAUGCUGGUUUAUGGCCUGGGUCUUCUAAUUAUGAUACCGGCUUGUACGGCUGGACCCCAUGAAAAGCGGUUGCUACACGCCCUUCUGGACAACUACAACAGCUUAGAACGUCCGGUGGUCAACGAAUCCGAUCCAUUGCAACUGAGCUUCGGACUAACACUCAUGCAGAUUAUCGAUGUGGAUGAAAAGAACCAACUGCUAAUUACGAAUAUUUGGUUAAAAUUGGAAUGGAAUGACAUGAAUCUUCGAUGGAAUUCGAGUGAAUUCGGAGGUGUACGUGAUCUUCGGAUUCCACCACAUCGCUUAUGGAAACCGGAUGUUCUAAUGUACAAUAGUGCGGAUGAGGGAUUCGAUGGGACGUAUGCCACAAAUGUGGUGGUGCGGAACAAUGGAAGCUGUCUGUACGUACCUCCAGGUAUAUUCAAAUCUACAUGCAAGAUCGAUAUUACGUGGUUUCCAUUCGACGAUCAAAGAUGUGAGAUGAAGUUUGGUUCAUGGACCUACGAUGGUUUUCAAUUGGACUUGCAAUUACAAGACGAAGCAGGAGGAGAUAUUUCUAGCUUUAUAACAAAUGGCGAAUGGGACUUGUUAGGUGUGCCCGGUAAACGAAAUGAAAUCUACUAUAAUUGCUGCCCAGAACCUUAUAUUGACAUAACAUUCGCCAUUUUGAUAAGACGCAAGACACUGUACUAUUUUUUCAAUCUGAUUGUGCCGUGCGUACUGAUUGCCUCAAUGGCACUGCUAGGUUUUACACUGCCACCAGAUUCUGGUGAAAAGCUUUCGCUUGGAGUUACAAUUUUAUUAUCGCUUACAGUCUUCCUCAACAUGGUGGCCGAAACAAUGCCGGCGACCUCUGAUGCAGUGCCCCUGCUCGGAACUUAUUUCAAUUGCAUUAUGUUUAUGGUGGCCUCAUCAGUUGUGUCAACCAUACUUAUCCUCAAUUAUCAUCAUAGAAAUCCAGAUACGCAUGAAAUGAGUGAAUGGAUAAGAGUAAUAUUCCUUUAUUGGUUACCUUGCAUAUUGCGCAUGCAAAGACCCGGACAGGUUGGCUACGAAUGUCCGCCGCCGCCCUCAUCAUCGAGUUCAUCUAAUUCUGGCGAGAAAAAGCAACAGAUUCAAAAUGUUGAGCUCAAGGAGAGAUCUUCCAAGUCUCUGCUGGCCAACGUCCUCGACAUAGACGAUGACUUUCGAUGCAAUCAUCGAUGUGCCAGUGCGACUUUGCCUCACCAGCCAACGUAUUACAGGACGAUGUACAGGCAAGGGGAUGACGGCAGCGUGGGACCAGUGGGUCCAGCUGGACCCGUGGUCGAUGGGCGUUUGCACGAAGCCAUUUCGCACACCUGUCUGACCUCAUCUGCAGAAUACGAACUGGCGCUGAUACUCAAAGAACUGCGUUGGAUAACGGAGCAGCUAAAAAAAGAAGACGAGACAAGCGACAUAACACGAGAUUGGAAGUUUGCAGCCAUGGUCGUCGAUCGUUUGUGCCUUAUUAUUUUCACUUUAUUUACUAUUAUCGCCACCCUUGCUGUCCUAUUUUCAGCGCCACAUUUCAUUUUCCCGUAAGCGGAAAUGCGUUGCAGGGAAAAAAUGUGGAGCAGCAAGUUAACAGCAAGUGACAGGCCACAGAAGUUUUUGUGGUUUAUUGUGAAGUAUAUAUGAAGCCAAUCAAAAAUAUUAGGAACAAAGAACAAAAAACAGCAACAACAACAACCCGAACCUAAGCUUUUCAAACUGAAAUACUUUGACAGUCAAAGAGUUUUGCUAUUCAACAUUUUGAUAUAUUUUAAAGAUGUGUCUGAUGGUUAUAAAAAAAAUAUUAUAAUGAAUUGAGAUAGUAACGUAUGUACGUAUGUGAAUGCAUUUUGUAUAAAAACCAGAGAGAAAAACGAAAUACAAAAAAAAAAACGAAGAAAAAAAAACCCCUAAUAAUAAAAUCGGAAUCUGGGCAUAAAUGUACGUUGCCGUGUGCAUUUCGAUUCGCCCAUUAGAUACAAAGAAGAGGUUUCUAAAUCUAAAUCCAAAUCGCGAAGCGCUCGUAGAUGCAAUCCACCUCCCUCUCCAUAUAUCUAUAUUCGAUAUUCGAUCGAGGAGCGCCAAAACAUUUAACCGACUCGAGUAGGCAGAAUGAGAGAGUGACAUUUAAGGAUAUACACAAGUGUAUACAGCUUCACACUAUUGUUAAAAAAAAAAGAAAAGAGAGCAAUUAGUAUUUAAAUAGUCUGUAUGCAGCUUUCAAAAAGUUAAACUAUUUUUUUUUUGAUUUGAUUCGAAUUACUUUUAUUUGGUUUCUUGGUUCCCAUGCUAUUCAAUAUUCAAAGAACUGUAUACAAAUGUGUUGCUUUGAUAUAAGAAAUGGAUUGACAAUAUACAUUGGAUUGCAAUCCAGCCACAACAAAUGCAAAUUGAACGAAUACAAAAGUGAAUUGUGAAAUUGUUCCCGGUAAGAAAAGGAAACUGCACUUCAAUAAGAGAAAGUCAUUUAACUGAAAUGAUCGCACAAUAAAUUCAUAGAUGAUACUUAAAAGCUAAAGUCAAAAUUGAACACACACUAGAGCUUGAAAAAUAUCGAUAUUUUCGAUAUUUUUUGCUACUAUUCCUUGAAAACAUCGAAAUUAUCGAUACGAUAUUGUGAAACUAUCAAAAAUAUCGAUAAUUUUCAAGCUCUAACACACAGCUACACACAACAACUAAUCACAGUUGUGAUAAACAAAACAAAAAAAAAUUAAAUACUGUUGAAAAAAUAAUACUUGCUAAAUUUAACGAAUUUCACUCUGCAAAUAACCAAACACGAAAUCUCCUACACAGAAAACAGAAAAACACUUAAUGCAUUUUUUAAGCAGAAGAAUGCAGUACACAGAAAAUGGGAAAAUAUUUGCUAGCCAUUAGAGAAGACAAAAAUAAACAAAGAAAAAGUAAGGAAAUAGAUGCCAAUAACUAUGUAUAUCACAACCAUUUCAUCAAGUCUUUCCUGCUGACGAUCCUCAGCGGUUAAACGGUGCUUCAAUAUUAACAGGUGCUUCAAUAAUAGGCGCCAAAAUAAUUUUAUCCUUGUAUAGUUAAUUGGCAAUGUAAAGUCAUGAAAUCAAAUCAAAAAAGGGGUUUGUAGAACGUUAAAACAUGAGUAAAGUAAAGUAAAGCUAUUUAAACGGUAGAGUAGGCAAUUUGGAGUCCAUUUGAAUCUUGAAAUUCGCCUUCGUAAAAUGGAAAAAGAUAAAAUAUAUCCAGUGAUAAAUUGGGGAUUCAUUUUCCAACUUAACUUUCACACUUGACAACCACUUUUCGCUAGCAAAGAUGUUCUUUAAUCUGAGUACUGGACUUCAAGGCGAACACGAGCAUAACUUAUCUUAAAAAAAACAAGCUAACAUAAUUUGGCAAAAAACUUAAGCUAAAAUUGUAUGAUAAUGUUAAACACAAGUAUAAAGUUAACUAUUUUUAAAUGGAAAAAAAAACAAGACAACAAAAAAAGAGUGUCAACAGCAACGAAAGCCGAAUAUAAAGAGCGUUAAACAAAGAUAUUGCAAAAGAGUAUAGUUUUCAGAGAGAAAGGGUCGCAGCUAUUCAGAAAUACGAAAGAAAAAUAUAUCACUACAGUCAAGCUUCCAUAACUCAACCUUUCCUAGCUCGAAGUCUCUAUAAGUCGAACUAGUUUUAUUGGCAGCAUAGAUUUUAAAUACACGUCAAAUCAAAUCAAAUCUACAUAUAACAUAUAAACCCCGUAUCUCCAUAACGCGAAUGUUUUUUUUUUUGGUGGCAGAUGGUGGCUCGUGUUAUCGAAGUUCGACUGUAUCUUUGAACUCCCCAAAAGAAAAAAAAAAGAAAAUAAUAAAAAGUGCAAGUUAGAAUACAAGUUAGAUUUAACACAUUUUUAAACUAAAAUUAAAACAGCAAAAAGUUAACAGAAAAUUCAUGAGAACCGUAAAAAUCUAGAUUAAAAAAAAAACAAGUAUGUAAGACCGAAACUGGAAACAAUAAAAUGUUUACAUUUUAGCUAGUGCACAUUGGACCGAUUUGAACAAUUUAAUUUGAAGCCACGAAGAACAAGGUAUACAUUUGAAAUAUUAGGUAAAUAUCAUAAACGCUAACGAAACUAAGUUUAGAAUGGGUGAAGUUUUUGUGAGGUUUUUUUAAGUUUUACCCGGUAUUGUUUAUAUGUACAUAUUUUAUUGCAUAUCUUGCGACCGAUCAGAGUGAUUAUUAUUAAAAGUGAUUUGAUCCAG